AUGGCUCCUUUCUCAGGAGAUCGAGUGCUAUGGGUUUGCCUUGGUGUUUCGCUUGUCUUCGCAGUGCGUGGCAUUAUCUCAGAUCUACGCAAAGUCGUUGAUCUGACCGAGAUCAACCAUCCCGAGAAGGAGGACAAGAUCAUCAGCGAAGGAACUGAGGAGUUUCUAAAGCUCGAGACCCUUCUUAAGCUGUCCGAGAGCACCAGCUAUGAACUCCGAUCUGCAGCCUUGCGCAUUAUCUCACAGCGAUCAACUAAAGGCGAGGCACGUACGUUGCUGCUGGAUGACCUGGCAUCCUUGAGCAAGAAACGACAAGGCAAAGCUUUGACGGCCCUCCACUUUCUUGUUACAAACCGAGCUCUAUCCCGGACGACAGUAUGCGCCUACCUCCGAGAUGUCGAGACUUUCAACGCCCUGGUAGACUGUCUCUGCAACUUCCUCAGGGAACACACCGAAGAGACAUCGACCACUAACUCGCCCAUCCUGCCCAAGACCCGGCCCAUUGGAGAACUGAAAGCACUACAAAUACUGAAUGUACUCCUGGCGAGCAAUGUUCACAACGCGCUCGAAGCGGGACUAGUCAGUCGGUGGUUGAACAAGUAUCCCUUUCCCUGUGCCGCGGAGGAUAGUCCAUCGCGACGGGAGGAUGUUGUGCUUCUCAUGAAAACUUGGUGGACUGAUGAUGUGGUCAUGAGUUCCAUUUUCGAGACAUUGACCCAGGAUCCAGAGGGUAGUAAACAACUUCGUACCCAUGGCCUGAUGGGCAGCAUUAUCGAAGAGCAGGACCAUGAUGAUCAUACCUACGACGACGAUGAUGGAGACUACACGGACAAUGACGUGCGCAUGGUAAAUGGUGAAGACACCGCUGGCCCAGACUUCCGAGCUAUCGCUAGAAGAAUGCGCACCCAAGAUCAGGCACAGCGACGGAUGCGCAGAGAGGCCAUGGCUCUCAGUGAAGGAGGUCGGCCCUGGGCAAGUGAGGACAUCAUCCAGCGCCCGAUUCAGGACGACUAA